AAAACGACAGAGGAGGAACCGCAGGAGCUGUUGGUGUUCGGGUACAGCUGCAAAUUAUUUCGUGAUGACGAGAAGGCGAAAAUGAUUGAUCAAGGGAAGCAUUUGAUACCCUGGAUGGGCGAUAACACGUUGAAGAUAGACAGGUCCGUUCCCAUAACCUAAAAACCAUUAUACCUAGAAUACGUAUAUUUUUGACUAAAAAAAGAAAAUGUACGCGCAAAAUUGUGCUGAGAACAAUUCUGAUAAACUGAUGACAAACUAGACAAACUCGACAGGUGUGACAAACUUUUUUAACGUACGGAUAAGCAAUCUGGAGACUGUUUAAGGUUUCCGCAGGUGUUUUGGCAGUGAGGCUCAGUGUGGAAGCGCUAAUUGCGCUCUGCAUGAGUGUAUACAAGGUGCUCUCGUGUCCUGGCCCACGGAGAUGAUCCUCGGCGCUUGCAGCAAGAUACGAUGGACGCGGGGCUCUGGGCGACCUCAGGGUCUAUGAACCACCACCCGGUGGCUUUGAUCAACGAACCUUUCUCACCGAGGAUGAAUAUAAAAUUGAACAGCUCUGCGAUGAGGAGCGGUAUCGUUCCUUGUACAAAAGCGAUGCGGAUGAAAAUCUCUAUCAUGAAGAGGAAAUGAAAAGGCUGCAACAGGCGUUGGAUUCGGAGAAUUCGUAUGGACAGGUCGCCUACAACUACAACGAAAAUGAGGAGAAUCAAAAAGCAACUUGUGACGAUUCACAAAGUCCAAAACCAUCCGAAGGCUCUCAAGAAGACGAUCAAGCUUUCAUCAUUCCCCCGGAACUUAAUGUUCCACCUGACAUGACUGUGCCGGAUACACAGAAAUUGCACGCGAUAAUAACGAAAACAGCACUAUUUAUAAGCCGUCAAGGAGGACAAAUGGAAGUUUUGAUAAAGGCAAAGCAGGCAAACAAUCCACAAUUCGCAUUUCUAUCGGUGGAUGGAGCAUUACAUCCGUAUUACAAACUCGUCCUUGAGGCUAUCAAGUCCGAGCAAUAUAAUCCAGAAAAACAGUCCGAGAAAGAAGAAUCGGAAGAAGCGGAUCAGCAAAAUGAUAAUGACGAUGAGGAUGACGAAGAUGACGACGAGCCUUAUCUUCAUCCCAGCCUUGCACCUUCUUUCGCUAAAGUCGAAGCCGCUCCGAGUAUACCCAGCAUUGCAUACAAACCUUCUGCGGAUUGUGCUUAUUCAAUGUUGGUUAAUCGAAUCACCGGAAAGCCACCGCCGUCGAAAGUUCCACCACAGCCGGAAGUUCCUGCUCCACCACUACCGAUUUCUGGAUAUUAUCAAGGAAUGCCUCCACAGCAUCCCUAUUUUUCACAGGGUUAUCCGCCGUAUCCGGUAGCGCCACAACAGUAUUCACAUGGUCCAGUAAUUUACGGAGCGAAUGGCCACACGAAUAAUCCAUCACAAAUCUCCGCGCCACCAAUUCCAUCCUCGAGCGAUGCAAAUCUCGUGCAAACCCCACUCAAAGAACCACCGUCUCUCGUUCCCUAUGGACCAACUCCUCCAAAACCAUUGAGCAGGCCAUCCUUUAUCGUCCCACCAGCUGAAAUUCAAAUAAUAAUCGACAAAAUGGCGAGUUACGUUGCAAAAAAUGGUCGCGACUUUGAAGCAAUCGUGAAAAAUAAAGGCGAUCCAAGAUUCAAUUUCCUAGAAUUAUCACAUCAAUAUCACGGCUAUUAUGCACAUAAAUUAACCAUAUACGAAGGCGCUGUCAAUCCUCGAGUCUUAACCGAAGAAGAACUCCUGCAGAAACAGGAAUUAAAAGAGGAGAAACAAAAGAAAUUGGAAGAAUUACAAAAGAAGCAACAACGAAUGGAGGAAGUGCAAAAACGCGUUAAGAUGAUCGAAGCCAAAAAGAAGGGCGACACACGUUUCAAAGAAGACUCUGCGAGUAAGAAUAUAACAACAGUUUCGUUUUCCAUAAAGAAACCAAAAGAAGGCGAAACGACAGUAAUCGAAAAACGCAAUGCUCUCCCACUAGAAGAAAGUGAUGACGACGAUAUCGAUGAAAAGAAAGACGAUAAUUCUAAAUCAAAUUCACCUCUACAAGGAGACGAUUCGGCAAAAAGUGAAAAAGAAACAAUCAAUCUCGAAAAGAAAUCUCGAAUCGACGAAAAGGACUUUGUCGAUCUCACUGACGAUAUUUUAGAGGAUUGUCAGAAGGACUUGAGAUCGAAAAUGGUUGAGGAGAGAUUAAAGGAUAAAUUGGCAGCAGCCGCUCGAGAAAGAAUGGCAGCAAAUUCAAUGAAGGAGAAACAACUUCAAUUGGAACGAAAAAAGAAGGCGGCUAUGUUUCUAAGUCAAUUGCAAACGCCAAUAAAUGUAAAAAGUAUGGAGAAAAAUGUGAUUACGAGUAAGAGGGAUGUUGAUUUAGAAGAAGUUCAAGCGGUUCCGUCUCCAAUUCGUGACGAUGAAACAGAACAAACAAAUCCCGUUACAACUCCACUGAUUCAUAGAAUAAAAGGCGCGGAAAUAAAUAACAAAAGAUCGAGGCAUCGCUCUAGAAGUCGGAGUAGUAGUCGAAGUCGAAGUUACUCCGAUCGCGAUAGACACAGAUCUCACAAGAAGCACAAGAAGAAAAAAGUCUCGCACAAAAGUUACGACAGUCCAAGCAGAUCCUGGUCCCACAAGUCGAAAAAAAGUAAAAAAUUGUCGAGGCAUCGAAGUCGAUCGAGAAGUCCCCACAGACAUCACCAAAGCUCAAAAAAUCAACGAAAAGGAAGUAGUUCAAGUAAUUCAUUAUCCAGUUCACCAUAAAAGUUACUUAUCUGAAAAGAUAGAUAAGUAUUUUUGUAAUUUCAACAUUGUACAUAAACUUUAUACAUAUAUGUAAAUUACAGAACAACUAAUUAAUAACUUUAUAUACAAUUCCGUCAAAUUCAAGGAACGAAUUUUAAAAACAAUAUCUUUUAGUUUGUUUAAAAAAAAACAAUAACCACCUGAAGAGAAUGCUAUGUUCUUAAUUUCUUAAAAUAGAAAAAAGAAACUACUCUUGAAAUUAUUUAUUCUUGAAAAUAGUGUACAUUAUAAAUAA